AUGCGCCUGCUCAUUGGUGCGGCAGGUCAAACUUAUUUGGGUUAUUAAAUUGAGGUGCCGAUAUAAAUAACACCAUUUGUUAGUGAGACGAUCUAGCGUGUGGGUUGUAAACAUAUACACUGGAUUAACUGAAGCAACUGAUAAGUCAAAGCACAAUGGUGCACGGAUUGACACUGGCUAAUCUGCCGUACCCAUCGGAGAGCUACAAUGAUGGUUCCAAAAUGACAGAUUUAACUAUUCCGUCACACAAUCAAAGUUCCUACCCAAUGCAACACAGUGUGAUGGUGCCACUCAAAAAACUAAUGAAAAUUCAAACGCAGUGUUAUGAUUAUGACCAAUUCCAGAAAUCCCGGGAAGGGGAAGAAAAUGACGUGAUGUUAACUGUGACGUCAGUAGAUGGAUGUUCGGAUACAUCCAGUAUCACUUCAAAAUCUGAAACAUCUGAAAUUGAUGUCGAGAUGUUAGAGGAAAGUCCACUUGAAUCUCAAGCACGGAAAUUGAACUCUUUCUCUCCACCUAUGAUACCGAAUAACUGUACCUUAGUACGUGGAAGUGGUGUAAGUCCAGUAAAUGGGAUAAACGGUCAGAUUCCUAAACAAAAUGGAAAUAUCCCUCCUCAUAAAAAUAAAGGACGUUCCAACACUGCAAAAGUUCAGUCUGUUGAUGGACAUAUUCUGUGCAAAAUCUGCGGCGACAAAGCCUCCGGUUUUCAUUAUGGCGUCUUUUCAUGUGAAGGUUGUAAGGGCUUUUUCAGAAGAACAGUACGGCAAAAGCUUGUGUACAAGCCAUGCGAAAACCCCAAAGGAUGUCUUAUAAUGCGAAUUAGUAGAAAUAGAUGCCAGUAUUGUCGUAUACAACGUUGUAUAAUGGCGGGCAUGUCACAUGAAGCUGUUAGACUUGGAAGAUGUCCGAAAAAAGACAAGCCGAAGAAAAUGGACUUCUUCAAGCUGCCUCAAAAUAAACAUGGAAAAGUUGAUAUUGAUAAACAAAUUAGAUCGGAGCAAAUGGUGUUGACCAUUCAUGAUGCUUUCCGAACAGCUCUUAAAGACUGCACAACUGCAAAGUCGGCAUCUUUUAAACAUUUGAAGAUGACAUGCGAAAAUGACGCCAGGAAGUUUUGUUCUCAGUAUGUUACCGACAUGGUUCGUUUUAUCUCAAUAUUCGCGCGCGAGAUCCCACAAUUCACGCAGAUGGACAUCGACGAUCAAAAGACUCUCAUAAAACAUUGCAUCUUGGAAUCCAUCAUCAUACACUGUGUUAGUCGUUCGCCUUCAGACUGUGAGGAGGAGUUUGACUGUGUCUCAAAAUGUGAUUCGGAUAAUGAAGGUCCUCUCACCCAUCUUAUUUAUGACGUUGUCACUUGUGUGAAAAAACUUAAAGCUCUAAGACUGACUGAAGUUGAACUCGCCAUAUUCGCAGCUAUGGUUUUGUUUUGUGCAGAUCGAGAAGACUUAAAGUGUUCAGAUGUACUAGAAAAAAUGGAGAUCGAACUGUACUUGGCACUGAAAUGCCAGUUUCUCCUUAAUCACACUGACUCCACAUCUAAUCUUUUCCCCAAAAUUGUGGAAAUUAUAUGCAGUAUACGUGCUAUAACAACACUGUAUAUGGAUGACAUCAUGAACUCUAAAGUUGAAGUAGAUGACACCAACUGCUGACAAUGGAGUACAUCUAAUGAGAAAAAAAACCAAUUCAGGACAUUGUCUACCUUCUACGCGGGUCAGAUAUACAGGUGUACUAAAUACAGGUGUACUAAAACCCGGACGUGACCUUAGGCGCGAGAAGUAGAGCAGUACUAGAUGGAUCGUCUAGAUUUGUUGUUUGACUCCCUAUUGGCCGAGACAAGACUACAACGGGGUUUAUCGAUCAUUUCUAUUUUUAUCUCCUUAAAAGCUAAUACGCAUUAAAACAAACUGUGAUAAUUUAUUUUGGGUGACCGUCAUUAUCAAAAAUGUACAUGUUCACCUUUUUAAUGUAUUUUGUUAGGUUUUCACAUUUUGCCAUUAAAGUAUGUAAUGCAGAAAGUGUUUGUGAAAUAAUGGCUUAUGGGC